UUUUAAAACAAAUUCCCGAAAUAAUGUCCACUUAAAUUCGACAACACUCUCUUUUACGUUUAACAAAUAACAAAAAUAACUCAAUCUUUGUCUUUAAUUUAGUUUGAUUAACAUACUAUUUUUGGCGAUUAAUGCAAGAUCGUGUGCCCCUUGCUCUUCGCUUCCCAUUUGUCCCUCUUCUUUGUCUUUCUCUCCAAUAUCUUUUGAUGCAUCAAACAUUUUGAACAUCUUUUUUUCGUCAAAAUUUCCAGAACUGUACCCGAAACCCUCUCCAAUUUUCAUUUCCCCUUUUCAUUUUAUGAUCAGGGUCAUUUUUUCAUAUUGGAAGAGAGGAGAGAGAAAUUGAAGAUUCUGUAUUUGUGUUCCACAAAUAAUGUUGGCAGUUUAAAAUUCGUCAAAACAAACAAACAUGGCUGCCAAGAACAUUGCAGUAUUUUCUGAUUCAAAAACCCGAAGAUCAUGCAUUUGCAGUGUUUUUCAAGCAGCUUCCGCAGCUAUCCUAAUUUACGUGAUAGGAAGUGUUUUUAUUUUACCAGUUUACAGACAGGAUACUCCGAAAAUGGGGUUAGCUGGAAGCAUGGACCUAUUGUUGGGCAGUAAAUGUGAGAAUCAGUGCAAACCUCGUGGAACUGAGUCGUUGCCUCAAGGAAUUGUGGCAAAGAAUUCUAACUUGGAAAUGCGACCACUUUGGGGCCUUCCGGAGAAAAGUAACUCAUCACGGAAUUUGCUGGCAGUUGCUGUUGGAAUAAAGCAAAAGGAACUUGUGAAUGCAAUGGUUAGAAAGUUUCUGUUCAGGGGCUUUUCAGUUAUGCUCUUCCAUUACGACGGUAAUAUUGAUCAAUGGAAGGAGUUUAGGUGGAAUGACAGGGUCAUACACGUAUCUGCAAUCAAUCAAACUAAGUGGUGGUUUGCAAAGCGGUUCAUGCACCCAGAUGUAGUUGCUGCCUAUGAAUAUGUUUUUCUCUGGGAUGAAGAUCUCGGAGUUGACUACUUUGAUCCUUUAAGAUACGUGUCUAUUGUUAAGGAGGAGGGUCUUGAAAUCUCCCAGCCAGCACUUGACGGAAACAGAUCAGAGGUGCAUCACCAGAUCACAUCCCGGGGAAGGAGAGGAAAAGUUCACAGGAGAACAUAUAAGCAUGAUGAGUGUGAUGAAGACAGUACUGGUCCUCCUUGUACCGGGUGGAUAGAAGUCAUGGCUCCGGUGUUCUCUCGGCCAGCAUGGCGUUGUGUAUGGUACAUGAUUCAGAAUGACUUGAUCCAUGCCUGGGGUUUGGACAUGCAGCUGGGAUAUUGUGCACAGGGUGAUCGCACCAAAAAGAUUGGGGUUGUGGAUGCCGAGUAUGUGAUACACUAUGGCCUGCCUACACUAGGCGAGCCGCUAGGGAAAAAGCCUCGACUUCACGUUCUUGACAAGCGUGUUGAAGUGAGAAGACAGUCUUUUAACGAAUACAAGGUCUUCAGAAGACGAUGGGAUAAAGCUGUCUUGACCGAUGAAUGCUGGACGAAUCCUUAUCCACAACCAUUGAAGCCACUUUUGCGGUAGCAGGUACAGAUUACAGAUUACAGACAGAAAUUAAAGUCAUUUAUAAAAACACACAGAUUGAUCAGGAUAUAACUUGUAUUAGUUGUUUAUACACACAUAGCAUUUCAUAGAAAAUUCAUUUUCCGCAAAAUAUGUGGUUCGAGUCGAGGAAGAACAUUUAUGUACAGAAAAGAUACGUUGAUGAUGCUUUAGAGUAUUAUUUGUAAGCAUAGCUGGGUUUGAGCAAUGGGUGCCAUACUUGGCUUGUAUUUGUAAAGCAUGUACAACUAUACAUGAUAUGAUUCUAUCAUGGAAAUCUCUUUUAUAUACAUGACCUUUUUCCUAGAGGAAA